UGCCCUUCAGCCUUCGAACGCGCGCGCGAACGCACACACGCCGUUCACCCAGCCGUUCUUUUAAGAACCCCAAUGUUCUAAAGUUCACGUAGUCCCUCGUCUCUGCUCUUACAUGGCAACAUGGGCGCUCUGCAAUUGUUGGCGAUCGCCGUAUCCGCGCUGCUGGUCUUGGAGAAUGGACUCCGGGAGGCAGAAGGUGCUUCCUAUUCCUUCACCACCCGUCUGCAGUCUAGCUCCUCUAACAAGGCCCCUGCGAGGGCAGCGGCGACCCAGCCCAAUGCAGUCGUCGCUUCUGGGACAAGAAACAGAGCUGACUACAGCGUGACCGACUACAGGAGAUAUCUACCAGUCGAGCACACUCCUGAAGUGAAGAAGGCCCGAGAGCAGUUCUUCAGUCUCUACAAGAAACAGGCCAGCCUGGCGGCCGAGGCUCCAGACAACGACCUCGACGGAAAGAUGAGUGAAGCCAGAACCAACGUCAAUGAUGAUGAUUAUUACUACUACGACUACGAAGGAGAGAACAGCGAAUACGAAGAGGACGAUGACGACGAGGAGGAAUCAGAAGGCUCAGAAGAAGGAGAUGAACACGAGGAUGAUGAUGAAGAGGAUUCCGAUGAGGAGAGUGAAUACUCAGAUGAAGCCGAUGAGGAUUCCUCGUCCUCCUCGGAAGAAGACGGCGUAGAUUCCAGCGAGGAAAACGGACUGGAUUCCUCAGAGGAAGGAGCAGACUCCUCGGAAGAAAGCCUGGACGGGGAGGAUUCCAGUUCCUCCUCCUCCUCGGAGGAAGAUGGGGACGGCAGUUCCAGUGGUGGAUUCCAGCCACUCAACACGAACUCUUUAGCAGCCCUGAGACCCGUCACCGAUACUCCCGAGGUCAAGAAGGCCAAGAGGACCUUCUUUGACCUUUAUAAGGCUCAAGCGGAACUCUCCUUCAGCGCCCCCGACGACAAAUAGGAAGAAGAUGCGUUUUUUAUAUAUAUAUUUUGUACCAAAAUGCGUCCCCUUAUGCGUUCUCACACACCACACACGAUUCAAGCUCGCUUCUGUCAUUCUUAGUACGUAAGUAGGCCCAAAGCUAAGUAAGGCUACGUAGGGCCAAAAAUAAGUUAGGCUGUAUGUAGGGCCAAAACUGAUUUAGGCUGUACACAGGGCAAAACUAAUUGAUGCUGUACAUAGGGCCAAAACUACUUUUGGCUGUACACAGUGCCAAAACUAAUUGAGGCUGUACAUAGGGCCAGAACUGAUUUAGGCUGUACAUAGGCCCAAAGCUAAUUUAGGCCACGUAGGGCCAAAAAUAAGUUAGGCUGUAUGUAGGGCCAAAACUGAUUUAGGCUGUACACAGGGCCAAAACUAAUUUAGGCAGUACAUGCGGCCAAAUCAGGUUAGGCUGUACGUAGAGCCGAAUCUGAUUUCAUCUGUACGUAGGGCCAAAUCUGAUUUAGGCUGUACGUAGGGCCAAACUAAUUUAGGCACUCGUAGGGCCAAAAAACAAGCUACGUCAAUGGACUGUCAAAAAAUUACACUAGCCAAUCGCAAUACUCUCACCUCUUGAACUUUUUAAAAUAAUCUACUCUUUGAAAAAAAAAAACUGCUAAGAUUGACAGGUGGCAAAGUAGAUCUAGGGUUAGUACGAUUCUUGAAGAUUGUCCAGGCUGACAAUCGAAGAUUAAACACGAGGAAUGAAAUGCGAACAAGAACUUUUUCUCAGGAAAAAACAAACAUGAUGGACGUAAAGUAUUUUGCCAUAAAUCAAAUUCAUUUCAAGCGAAGGCUCCUUCUCUGUAGGAGUUGAAAAUAUCAGAGGUUUUUCCAGUGAGAUAGAAUUAUUGGUAAAAGUUAUUCUUAUGUCUGAAGAUGAAGGAAAAUUGUAGCUUAUAAACAUGACCUUCCCAAAAGUAUAUAUUUACAAAAUUUAAAGACAUCGUUGGUUAUAUUCAUGUAUGUAUACACAUGGGUUAUUGAAAAUCAGUAUUUUCAAGAAUGUAUGAUACUGCUGAAACAGAAUACAUACAAAAACCCGAUAAAUUAUAGAAGAAAACAUUCUCCAAGUGAUCUGAAUCAGAGAAAAAAUGUUAUUAAAGAUAAGCUUAAAGAAAGUGGUAACGAGAUAAAUGAGAUAAAUUCCGAUACAUUUUCCUUUCCGUAGAGAUGUGACGAAGCUUCUCUAUUCAAGAAGCAUUUAUUCAUAUUCCUCUUCGAGUGGUUAGUGACUAAGUUAGCCCCCUGGCUAGUCAUCUUCGAGAUUGCAUGACAGAAAAAAAAAUCGCCAAAAAAAUAGAAAUCAUAUAUUUUAUUAAAAGAUUUAACUAGAGAUUUAUACAAAAUUUCGUGCGACAGGUGGAAGCUUUGAGUUGGUGACAACUUAUAUGUUGUUGCUCAAAGCUUUUCUCUCGUUGUCUUUAGGUUAAGUUGAUAUGUGAAUAAAGCUAUUUUCCUGCAAGAAA